GCGGGACCAUGCCCGCCGCGCCGCGCGCCCCGGGGACGCCUCUUCCCCCCCGCCGCCGCCGCCCGGGCCGUCUCUGAGCUGCCCCCAGGCUCGCAGCCGGCGCCGAGCAGCGGCAUGGGCAGCGCCGGCCCCGGGCUGCCCGCCCCGCCGGCCGCCCCGGAGCAGAGCCUGCCCGCUUUCUGCCUCCACUACUUCGACAUGCUCUACCCGGAGGACGCGGCCUGGGCGCCCAAGGGCCCGGGGGAGCCGUCGGCGGGCGGCCGCGGCGCGGUGCCCAAGGAGCCGGAGCAGUGCCCCGUCAUCGACAGCCAGGGCCCGGGGCCGGGCGCCGAGCUGGACUUGCAGGGCAGCCUGCCCCUGGAGGAGCACUCGCUGGAGCAGGUGCAGAGCAUGGUGGUGGGCGAGGUGCUGAAGGACAUCGAGACCGCCUGCAAGCUCCUCAACAUCGCCGCAGACCCUGCCGACUGGAGCCCCGGCAACGUGCAGAAGUGGAUCCUGUGGACGGAGCACCAGUACCGGCUGCCGCAGAUCGGGAAGUCCUUCCAGGAGCUGUCGGGCAAGGACCUGUGCGCCAUGUCCGAGGAGCAGUUCUGCCAGCGCUCCCCGGCCUGCGGCGAUGUGCUGCACGCCCACCUUGACAUCUGGAAGUCCGCCGCCUGGAUGAAGGAAAAAGUUGCCCCGGGCGACGGGCGGCACUGCGGCGGCGACGGCGGCUGGGCGGACGGCGAGGUGGACUCGUCCUGCGCCGGGCAGCCCAUCCACCUCUGGCAGUUCCUCAAGGAGCUCCUGCUGAAACCCCACAACUACGGGCGCUUCAUCCGCUGGCUCAACAAGGAGAAAGGCAUCUUCAAGAUCGAGGACUCAGCGCAGGUGGCACGUCUCUGGGGCAUCCGCAAGAACCGCCCGGCCAUGAACUACGACAAGCUGAGCCGCUCCAUCCGGCAGUAUUACAAGAAGGGCAUCAUCCGGAAACCCGACAUCUCCCAGCGCCUCGUCUACCAGUUCGUGCACCCGCUGUGAGAGGCGGAGGAGGGACAGGCUGCGCCCGGGGGCGCCGGGGGGACCCUCGCCACCGCGGAGACCCUCUCCCGAAGCUAAGGACCGCGGCCGGCGGCGGAGAGGCUCCGAGCCGCCGAGCUCCCCGCGUCCUCCGGCCCCCGGGACGCCGGGGCCCCGGGCUCGGGCUGUUGUUCGCCAGAGGACAAAGGCUCCGCGGUCCCGCGCCGGGGCGCACGCCGAGCCGGGGGACACGGGGACGUGCCACCGCCGCCGCCCGGCCGGGCUCCCGCACCCCGGCACCGCUUUUGGGGCAGCAAGCCGGCCCCCGGGGCGUCUCCUGCAGAAGGAUGUGGCCCCUUCAGAGCGAGAUUUUGCAAAAGGGGCGAUUGCAAAACGCGGCCCCGGUGCCUCCCCGCAGGCGCCCGCGCCCCCCACCUCGCCCCGGCGCGGGGCUCGCCCCGUGCUUUCCGUCUGGUUUGACUUUCACUGCCUGAUUCCUGUUCCUAGGGAGGGGGAGGAAGAAAAAAAACAAAAAAAGAAAAGAUGUGAUUUUUGCCGUUUCCUGCUGGAAGAUAAAUCUGAAACGCAAACACCUGAACCAGAACUUGGACCGAGAACCGGGGACUGUUUAACCUGCACAUUUCAUAAGAGUCUAAGUUACCUGGCAAUGUUGAUCUUUUAUAUUAUAGCUUUUUUUAUU